GCUGGUGCGGACCCCCACCCCGGCCGCAGCCAAUGACCCCGCAGCGCAGGACGGGGAGGAGCUGCUGGCAGUGGAUAAAAGCCUCCGUGGGGUCUGCGGCUCAGCUACGGGGUCUGUGUCCUCCUGCAGCUCUGAGCAAAGCCACCUGCCACCAUGGUGCACUGGUCAGCCGAAGAGAAGCAGCUCAUCGCCAGCGUCUGGAGCAAGGUCAACGUGGAGGAAUGCGGUGCUGAGGCCCUGGCCAGGCUGCUGAUCGUCUACCCCUGGACCCAGAGGUUCUUCGCUUCCUUCGGGAACCUCUCCAGCCCCACCGCCAUCCUUGGCAACCCCAAAGUCCGUGCUCAUGGCAGGAAAGUGCUCACCUCCUUUGGGGAAGCUGUCAAGAACCUGGACAACAUUAAGGCAACCUACUCCAAGCUGUCUGAGCUGCACUGCGAGAAGCUGCACGUGGACCCCGAGAACUUCAGGCUCCUUGGAGACAUCUUAAUCAUUGUCCUGGCUUCCCACUUUGCCAGGGAUUUUACCCCUGCUUGCCAGUUUGCCUGGCAAAAGCUGGUCAGCGUCGUGGCUCAUGCUCUGGCCCGCAAGUACCACUGAGCAUCCCGGGACUGGAAGGGUCCCUGACCGCCGUGAGCACCUCCGAGCACAGGGAGAUGCCCUUCGGUAUUAACAGGCUGUGACCACCAAAUAAAUGCUUCCCAGG